AUGGAACCAACCGCACACGGUGGCACCUCGUCAGCCAUCGCAGCAGUGGCACAAGCGCUUUGCUACAAAAGGGGCCAUAUUGUUUCAUCUGGCGCUCCAACCUACGACACAGUUACCCACGGGGCGUCGGGCAUGAUCAUCCAUUUAGCCAUUGAGAUCAUGACCAAAAGUCUGAAGAAGGUACCGCUGUCUGAGAUUUCCAAGUUCAACGUUGUUACUUUGGUGCUGGCCAGUGGCCGGCUGUCACUACCGGUAUACUUCCUCACCGUCUCUUGGAGGGUGGUGAAGUUCACCACACGGCUCGGAGACGCCAACAGAUCCCUUGAACCGGGAGGCGCGAGACUGAGACCUGGGUUUAUCGCCCCCGAGCCACGGUCCGUGGUCUCGAGAUGGCAGUGCCCGUACGAAUCAUCGCGGAAAACAAACUUGCCUCGGUUGACAGAGAAGGAGUACUGCGAUGCGGCGUACGUCACGCCGCCGUCGUUGCUGUGGGUGAUGAUGUUGUUUGAGCUCGGGCUAGACCCAAAGGGCAGCACUUUUCCGGAGCGCUUUUCUUGUGAGAAUGGUCCUUCGCGGCGGAGGGUGACGUGAUGAGAUUUCUGAUUGGUUUCCUUGUCGACGACGACGACGACAAUGUCUUUGUUGGCGAGAUCUUCAAAU